UGCCAGAGAAGAAGAUGUGAUUCAGUCUAUUUUUUUUUUUACUGUUAAUGGAUUGGAUUCACCACUAUAUGCUCAACUGAUGUCCAUGUGUGGGUAAUCAGCUUGGAUUUCAUAUCUCCAUAAUGGACAAAAAGAAGCAGUUUAACGUUACAGCCUCGUCGCUGGUGGAUCUGAAGGCAGAGCUUUACAGGAAACAGCAGGAGUUUCGACAGGAAAAGAUCACCCAACAUGGAGGAACUUCUGCUGCUGGGUCCGCCGACAGACCAAAGCUUAAGAAGCCCAACAUCUGGAGUAAACAGAAUGAAGGCGUGUCUGCACGUGCUCAGAAGGACGUGGAACUCAGUGCAGAGGAGGAGAAUAAUCUGGACAAAUCAAAGUGAAAAGAAACUGGAGGAGAAGGCUCGUAUCUAUGAGCAGAUGACCAAAGGAGAUUUCCCAGAUGAGGAGACGGAGGGACUUUUCCUGGUGGACUUCACCCAGAAGAUAAUUGACCAGAGAAGAAAUGCACAUGCAAACACCUCAAGUGCGUACAGAGACGGGGAAGAAGAGGACCAACAAAUUCCAGUUCCUCCCCCUCAGAACCCUGAUGAAGAAUGGGUGGAAUAUGUUGAUGCCCUGGGAAGAUCACGCAAAUGUUUGAAGAAAGACUUGCCAAACUUUCAGAAAAUGGACCAGGAUUUUCAGAAAAGCAGGUUGGGUAGCGGUGAUAAGAGUCUGCUCUCAGAGGACAUGCGGAGAGAGAUCCAGAGGGAGCAGUGGGCAGAGGAGGAGGAGGAGAGCAUGAAGAGACCCAUAGGGCCCAUUCACUACGAGAACAUCAGGGAACAAGAGGCCAGAGAGCUGGGUGUUGGCUACUUUUCGUUUGCCCAGGAUGAGGAGCAGCGACGGAAACAGAGGGAAACCCUGGACAUGCUCAGAGAUCAGACCACAGACCAGCGCAGUAAGAGGGAGCGACUGAAGGAGAAGAGGAAGGCCCUGCUGGAGGCUCGUCUGGCCAAAGUGAGGAUGAGGAAGAUGAAGAAGAGCAAACUGGAUGGAACCGAGGAGGAGUCAGGUGCUGCGGUGCAGGAGGAGGAAGAGGAGGAUGAGGAGGGUGUUGGAGAAGUUCCUGAGACGCCAUCCGUGCCGAAGGUGGAGGUGGAGAUCCAGGAAAGGAAGGACACCAAACCUGGAGUUCCUCACGUUCGAGAGUGGGACAGAGGGAAAGAGUCUAUGUGGAACCAGUGGGUCAGCGGUCGCCGUGACGAGAGGGACUCUGAGUUUGCUCCACCGUCGGCGUACUUCAGCAGUCAGAACCGGGCCGGCAGCAGAAGCAGAACCUCUGGCGAGGAGGACCAGAACAAACCUAGGCUCGCCUUCAAGUGGGCUGAGACACACACACACUCAUCCACACACACCGCCCAACAGUCAGCGAGUCACACACCACCACCACCUCCUCGGUCCCAGCCAACACAGCAGGGCCAGAGUCUGGAUGACAUGCUCUCCUUCUACAAGAACUCUACCUAGUGAUUUUUAACUCACGACCUUUGACCUGUGUACAGCUCAGCUGCUUCCUCAGAUGGUGAUCGCAAUAGGACUAUGUGUGUGUUGACUUCAGAGUUGAAAUGUGCAGCUAAGUUCAUAAGACCAUCGCACCAUUCAGUGUGAGAAAGCUGAAUGCUCCUCUACAGUCACAUAAGGUAACUAAAUGUACUGCAUGUUUGCCAUUUUACUAGAGGUGUAUAAUAUAGAAAACACACAACAUAAAAAAUAUGGCCGACCACCAUUGAUGUCGACCAUAAGGACUAUCCUGUAAAUAAUUUUUAGCACAAUAUUUGGGUGUGUUUAGUUGGAUUAAAGAGGAUUCUAUGAAGAACAA